AUGUUGUGGGACAAUCAGGAGUGUGGCAAUCAAGAUGAGGGAUUCGAGCGGCCCAGCAGAACCCUGAUUCUGGUUAUAUUCACCCUCGCCGUUUUCCUGAAGUUGUGCAUCAUUCUGGUGGAGAUUAUGGUCUGAGUGAAUUACCUGCAAUGGGACGAGAGAAAAGAUCGUAAUUAGUGGCUGUUUUCCUUCAUUUUUCCAAUGUGCACAGAUAAGUAAACAAAGAACUAUAAAAAACCGAUUCAGUGGGAUCAAAUGCUGAAGUGA